AUGGGUGUACAGUAUCCUCUGGUUCUUCUGGUCCCCCCCCGUCAACGCUUGCUCGGUGCUGUCUCAGCGUACAACAGUUUGCCCAGACGCCCACAUGGCCUUGCACCAGAAACCUUGUGGCGGGCGCUGCGCCCGCUUGAGUCUCAAUGGCGCAGCAAAACCAUUGAAGCUGUUGCUGGCACGAAUGCUGAUCCGCUAACGGAUGCGGAGUGGUUGGAGCUAUUAGAUGAACAUGCGGCUGCAGAUCAUGACUUGUACCAGAAAGCCGCAGAGAAAUUUGGUGAUGAUGUUACACAAUUGCAGAAGAUUUUCCACUCGGCCCAAGAACAGCUGAAGCAAGCACCUCUGGUGACCGGUGACAUUGUACUUUGCAAGUCAACGCGAUACAAGAGCACAGCUGGAUUUGGAAAAUUUGAAACUUCUUCUGAUGGCCUGCGUCAAUACAGUGUGGUCAGCUUCAGCGGCGGCAUUGCCACUUUGCAGGAGAUUACCACGGGAACAAUGAUCACACGACAUGAAUCCUUGUUGCGGAUAAUGCCGCGUGUCGUGCAGCCUGGACAAUGCACUGGAGACAAUGAAGGCUUGCCGUCGCCCAAUGCCAAAGCCGCAUUGAAAACUUUGGAAACCUUGAGUCGCUUCUUUGUCCUUCGGACCCGUGGCGAUGGAGGGUGCCUCUAUCGCAGUUUAGCGAUGGCCCUGCAAUUGCAAGCUGGCGUGAAGGUGCAUGCGCUCGAGGACAACGAUGCCCGAGCUGCAGCCCUCCGAGAAGAACUCGUGAAAUUCAGCAAGCUCUACGUGCAGGGCUGCACGGCAGAUGCGGCCAAAAUGGCGGCCACUUGCUUACAAGUGGAACUGGAACAAGAGACUGCUUGGGAUGCUUCGAAACCUUUCACCUGGGAAAGGUAUUGGGAGUUCAUGUCGAAACCACAUUCGUUUGCGACCAUGUGGAGCGUCGGCCGGUUUGUUGAGAGUUCGAAGUCGGCAGUGUUCGUCUACACAGAAGAUGACAAGAAGGUCAAGCUGAUUUCGUCAGAGGACCCGCCAUGGGCCACGGGCCAGUGCCAUGUGCUACGCACUGGUUGCCACUAUGACUUGUUGGUGCCAAGGCGCAUCCACUCGAAGCAAGGAUGGAAAAAAAGCAGUUUGACCGCAGGUGUCCGUAUCAUUGCAGACCUGAAUGUCUCCCCGGGGUCGACCGAGGAGGUGAAAGUGAAGGACCUGCAUCCGGCGGCGCGACAGGCGCCACACCUGGCCUCUAAAGCCAAGGCGGUGCCCUAUGAGUUGGUGAUUCCAACCUAUCAGCGAUGGAUGCCCCAUUUGAAGGUGAGGUCAGUUGGCCCCGAUGUGGCAGUACCCAAUGACUCGUUCGCUAAGGAGAAGGUUCAAGAAAUGCAAGACAUCCUUCAUCCUGACGCUUGGAAGCACUACCGUGCAGCCUUGGCGGGGAGCGAAUGGGAGAAGGUGCGGAUCGAGGUGUCCGUGCUGGGAAACAAAAACUCGCGCAACUUCAUCAUGAAAUUCUUUCCUCCUGGCACCUACGUGGUGAGCAUCGAUGAUGAUGUUGAGAGGAUAAGCUGGAAGAUUCAGGAUGGGAUGACGCCCCAUGUGCUGCGUAGUUUGCCUCCCGGCUCCUUGGAAAAGAUCAUCUUUGACGGCUACAGGCAAAUGAAAGAGCAGAAAGCCUUCUUGUGGGGUGUGUCUACAUCCCAGAAUGCACGGCACAUGAGGGUCCAUGGGAUUUCGAAGCGAAAUGGCCUGGUCAACGGGUAUCUCAACGGUUUCAUUACGCGACCUCACUGCAAGGAACUCUUUCGAACCCUGACGGAUGCGACUGAAGAUUCCGAAUUUGCGGUGAGGCACUAUGCUAAGGCCGAACGGAUAUGGGAUGGGUAG